AAUGACAGGGCUACGGUGGCGCCAUCCAAUGUGUCGCUCCAUGAAUUAUUUGCUGCUCAACUUUCCAACCUUCCCUUUAAUGUGUGCCAACACCUUUAGCAUUUUCCCAUUCUUAGUGUCACUUAGACGAAUGUUACACUGACAGGCUGCUCACCACUGGAGUACUACGCUACACCUGGAUAAAUGCACAUUCAAGACAAAAACAGGAAAGCAGGUAAGUCAAACCCCUGUUGUGAAGUCGACUGUCAUUGAAUUCAAAAAUAACCACAACGGCUGUUAAAAUCAUGAGGAAUAUUUUUGCCUUUUGGAGGAAGUGAAGCUUACCUUUAGCACUUUCUCAAAGCAGGUUGCUUACAUGUUCGGCUAAAUCACGUGGUAAUGUAUUGCUGCAGUACAAUGGAGGUAAUCUCUGUGUACGUUAGUUUCAACUGCUGCUAUGCUGUGUGUGUCGUGCCUAGAUCUGGUGUCUACUUUGAAACUACUGUGUUAUAGUUUUCGGUUUUGAUUGUGAAGAAGCGCAGGCUCACCAUUACAUUUUGUCCAGUGUCUUGAAUGAUAGCAAUCUCACCUUUCUGUCUGCAGGCUGUGUUCUGUGGAAAGAGAUAAGAUAGACUCAGUUUGUCACACAGGCUGUGCUGUAAAGAUCAUGUGAUAACCCAUUUCAUCUGUCUGAGGAUGUAAUCUGUAAUAAGAGAUAUGUUAAAGAGUACAUAUAGAUUAUAUUUCUACAGAUAAAAGUACACUGAAUAAUGAAGUCUCUUAUUAAAUGAAACAAAAUCAAAUGAUAGAUGAAACAAGCUGUGAUUGGAAAUUUAUACACCCACAUUCAGACAUUUUAAAGUUGUCUUAAAUGACAUUUUGUUGUUAUAUUAGAGAAAUUUCUCAUUCUCAGGGUUUAGAAUUUUGCUAGGCCCUCAUGUAAUCAUUAAAUUAUUAGAAACCUUCUGCUGUCAGCUGUUAAAGAAGAGUCUGUGACCACAUGUUUCUUUUAUUUGCAUUAACCUAACCUCAUGGCAUUCUUAGGUUGUAGAUUUAGACAACAUUCAAUGAUAAAGCAAAAUGCACUUUUACAAUUGCCCAGGUACAAGGAAGUAGCGUUUUUACUAGAGUCAGUUGGCUGGCCUCUCAUCAUCUACGACUAUUAAAACCUCUCAUCUGGACGGGGGCGACAGUAUUAUGGCCAGUUCACACAAAUAUAGCCUCUUAGUACCAGGUUUUAUGGCUCCAAUGAGCUUUUUGUUGCUGGGCGGACACAAGGUUCCCCAGUUAUGUCCUGCUUGUUUUCAACUAUAGAAGCUGUAAUAGUUUUGUCUUUUUUAAUUUAAUGUAUUUCCAUGAAUGGUUUAAUCAUAUGUAUUUUCUUAGGUUAAAAAAAGAAAGAUGAAUUAUUGUGAAAAUUACUAGAUUGCACAAUGGUACGCUUUUAAAUUUAGCGAGUUUGAAGGUGGUGGACACACAUAAAAAAUGGAUCAGUUCAAGUGACAGGACUAUUAUGUCUUAAUCUUAAAAUUAAGAGAAGAGCAUGAUCUAUCAUGUGUUAUUAACAUAGCAGCAUAAUGAAAGGGACAUUUAAUGAGCUUCUAACAGCAGAAAUGUCUUCGUUUGACAAUUAAACUCAAGAUAAUUAGACUAAAAAUGAGCCUUUAAAUACAUCUCUUAAGGUAGCUGCUGAAAAAAGUAUAUACUUUUACGAAUGCCAAUGCUAAAUAUGAAAUCAAAGUUAAUGAUCUCUAAUCCUGCAGUUCAGUGAAGCUCUAGCUUUGUAUGUGUGAUGUGGUUGUGUGUUAAAUCUAGUCCAGUCAAGCUUCACUGCUCUGCUCUGUGGUUGAUUAUAAUUGUGAACGUGAUUUUGAAGAGUACACACCUCUUAACUUUCUGCAAACCUGAUGAGUCAGGAAGCCUGACCCUCCACCCUGGUUAAAAUGUAAUCUCUCUAUCACUCCCCUUUGUCUCUCUUUCACUCCCUCCUGCUAUUGUCCCUGUCCCACCACCCUUGUAUUCGUGCCCCCCUCCCUCUUCUAUUUGAUAUUAACCCGGGUGUGAAUAUCUAUAGCUUUUUUUCUUGGCAUGUCUAAAAAGCAAUAAAUGAUUAUGUGCAUCCUGAUGUGCUGCAGUUACACCAAGUAAUGUAAUGUUGAUGCUUUUCUGACUGGCUCAAUCAUUACUGAUGUAGGGUAUCAAACCUCCUGUAAUCCAGCUUCUUAUCAUUUACAGCCUUCCUUCACACAAUAGCCAAAACUGAUUGCCUUUAAGCCACAAUAAGAUUAAGUGUAAUAAAAUUCCUGAUGUAAAAUGGGUGGGUAGAGACGUUUUAACUGGUUCAUGGUAGUAAAUCAGAGUGUGUUUACAGCAGCCCUGUUCUGAGAGGGGAGCCAGCCCAUUGACAACUAUCUGACCUGUAGUUUCAAUCAUACUUUACAGGCCUAAUGCUUUUCUUUGAACACAUUUACGAGGAGAGGGCAAGAAUUAUGAAAGCAGUGUUAACAAGGUACGCUCAUCAGGCAGAUCAGGUAUAAUCAAUAAAGCAGGGUCAUUAUCUUUAAAGUAAAUUAUCAAAGAGAAUGUCAGAGAAUUUUUUUUACUGGAGUUUGCAAUAUUUACAGAUAUAAAGUAACUAACAUUAGCAGUGACGACAUUAAAGCUACUGUAAGGAGUUUUUAUGUUAUGUAAAAGACUGAAACUCACAUUGUUUCCUUUUUAUGGGAUGCAUUAAGAAAACAAGAACCCCAGAAAUAUGAUUGAUAACUUCUGCACUGUCAUUUUUAGUAUCUGGAAUCAGUGUGAAAGAGGUAGGUGCCAACUGUGAUACAAAAAAAAUAUACUAUAAAUAUAUAUAUGUAAAUAUAAAUAUAAAUAUAUAUAAAUAUGUAUAUAUAUAUAUAUAUAUAUAGAGAGAGAGAGAGAGAAAGAGAGAGAGAGAGAGAGAAAUGAUUGUCAAAAAUCAACAAGACGAUUUUUUUUUUCCUUUUCUCAGAAAACACUGUUAACGCAUGUAAAGGACAAGAUAAGCAAAUACUAAUGAAAAGGAGUGCUUACUACUACCUUAAAUGUGACACAGCUUUAUACAACAUGUCCACAGCAGCAGCCGUAAUUAUAAUAAAGAAAUAUGGAGCAAAAAUAGGUUAACUUUUUGUGUUUAAGGGCUUUCAACUUAAUUCUGCACACUCCUUUGGACCAGCUACUUUGUAUCAAUAAAAUCUAUUACCUGACUUUCUUACUUAACACCUGGCUGUGUCAGAAACUUAAUUCUGAUUGGUCAAACCCCUACAACACUGGUAGUUAAUUCUGAAUAGCAGGAGCGAUACCAGGAAUGACAAGCUCACCCACAUAUCAAAUCAAUCCAUAGAGAGAACUCAAAUAUGAGUCUAUGAUUCCACCUCUUGUGUGACCUCACCUCCAUAUUGUUUAUAGUACCAAUUUCCACUGGCACUAUAAACAAUACGGAGGGUACUGCACUUUAUAUAGCGAGCACAAAACCCUACAGUCAUAGCAUGGGUCACGGCUAAUCAGUUGACAAUGGGAAAAAAAAGACGAGGAGGAGAACCAUGCAAAAGCUAGUCAGGGAUGUUAAAACACACAAGGAGCCGAGUAGAAGAGACAUCAACCAAAUUGAAGAAAACUAAAUAAAGCAACCUCAGACCACCACAGUUUGGGCUUUUGCAGUGUUGCAAGAUUGGUUGAGUGCAAAGAGACAGUUUAAGAGAAGAUACAGUGAGGAGUACAUUACACAGGAACUUCAGUGAUUCUUACGGGAGCUUAUGCAAAACCUUAUGCAUAACAAUGUGAGUGAAAAUGUUGAGUUUAAAGAGUUAACAGUAGUGUCAGCUUACAUUAAGACGUCAUUGUCAUGUGAUUGUAAAUCUGAUUAUUAGAAUAUCAUUUCUACAGCAGUAACACCAGCUGUUAAAUUUAGAUCUUCACAUUGUAUUUUUAGACAAAUGGGAUUCAACUUUCAAGACCCAACUGAUUCAAGCCGAGGUCCUGUCUCACACUCAGUAUGUUUACAUUCAUAGUUAAGUCAGGCUACAGUUAUAGCUUGAUAAGGUGAUUUAACUGGACUACUCUCCUUGUCCCACUUUACAAUCACUAGGCAAGAAUCGAAUCAUCGACAGGGGUAAGUUAGUGACCUCUAAGGUAGAUGGUGACAUGCCCCUUUUCAAAUCAUUGCUCCUGACUCAUCUCCCUGUUGUCCUGUUGUGUACCAAAACAAACACAUUUGGAAGUCGCUAACGGGAUGUACGUCCAACGAUAAAAAAUCUGGCACUUUUACAGCUCUGUACCUUUCGUAUAUGAGAUAGCUUUAUCAUUUUUACAUCCCUUCUACAAUCAAGGUUUGGUUUAUCACUUGGCUACCCAGCAAAGCACUUAUGAAAUUCGACUUCUGGAUUAAAGCCUAGCAUGAAAACUCUGGGGCAUGUACAAAACAUCUAGACUAGUUUCAGUCCCACUGAGUGAUAAACAUGCAAGAGAAAAUCAAUCCCCAACUGCAUUAUCUAAGUAUGUUGGUCCAACUAUGAGAAGUUCUAUUUAGGGCAGUUGUAGUCUGACAGGUCAUGUAUUUAAAACUCCACACAGAGUCUGCUUGCUGAUUAUGUACAAUAAUUUAAUGUAAUGUAAUGUAGACACCCAAAUGCUAUUACAUUUUACAUACAUAUUGGAAUAUCUCUUCACCAAUCAAACUACUUGGUUUGAAUGAACUGCUGAGCUGAAUAAACAAAAAGCAAAGCACUGGACAAAUAACGUUUUAGACUAACUUACAAAAGGACACACAAUAACAUUGUGGAUGUUCACGCUAAAUAUCACUUCAGAUGUUCAUAGAGCUGGUCUGUUAAUUGAAAAAUAUAUAUUUUAAAUAAAGUUUGAUCAAUAGUAGGACGUAAGGGAUUGUGUUUGUGGAAGAGUUAAUGAAAGUUAUCAGUGUUUUCCUCUUCACCUUGUGUCUUUAUAGAUUAUAUCUGCUGAGAUGGUGGUGCUAUUACUCCUCUAUUGAUUAGAUUAGGAGGCCUGGGAAGGACACACACACACACACACACACACACACACACACACACACACACACACACACACACACACACACACACACACACACUCUUGCUCUCUCUCUCAUGCACACACAAACAAACAAACAAGAGCAUCAAUUAAAGUUUGUGCAUUUAAAAACAAAGCUAUUGUUGCAAUAUAUAGAUAUAAAGAAGCCCAACUUUGUGCACUUAACAUGCUUAAAUCUAAAAGUAAAACAAAAGAGGCAAUUCAAAUAUCUCCUCCAGCACUAUCUUUCCAUCCCUCUGAUAAGUACAGGAGAAGGACAGAUACGUAAUGAGCAAUAAGGUGAGAAGUCUCUCCUUCAGCUCCGCCCCUCUCUGUUUCCUGGCCCAAUCGUAUGGCAUUAUAGAUCUUUUAUGAAAGGGAUCUCCUCUGUCAUGUUUGUAAAAUUUGUAAGAGAAGCAAAAGAGAGAAACAGAAAACUGGAGGCUGGAGAGUACAGUGAGAAGGGAAAGAAGAGAGCAGACACAGGAAUGAGGUAUCCUCCUGCUUCUCAGAGUAAAUCUCUGUUAGAUAUGGAAGUAGCUAACUACUGUGAAGGCCUGGAUCCCUCAUACAGCACACUGGGCUUUGAGAAUGCAGAGGUGCUCUAUGGAGGAGGAGGUAAGUGCAUGUGAUUACAGCCACCUACUCACACAUGAGCGCACACACAAAGGCUCAUACAGGGGAGGAUGCCCAUGCAGGUUUAAGUGAAACACAGGAUAUCUGUUUUUAGCAUUGACUGAUGCAGAUGCAUACAACUGUCAUUUCACUGGCACAUGCACUGAGCAUACUUUUAGUUUAAGUGGGAACUCAAAAUAGUUGAAUAUGGCAACAGAUUUUAAAAGGACUUAUAUUUUGUUGUGAUCUGUGUGAAGAAGCAUGCUUAUUUGUAGUAGUUUUGUGAGAAUAUCUUUUGGUAAAUUAGUUCCCAUUUUCAUCAGGGGAAAUCAGUGAGGGUUAGUAUUUGCAUAAAAAGCCCCAAAUGCUUAAAUAAAGUGAUGUGGAAACAUGUGACAUUUCACUUUGUCUUUUAAAAUCUAUUAUAAGGAAGUGGAUUUGAAUGAAUGUGGAUAUUUGUGCUGGUGAAGUGAAGCAAAAGGGUGGGCCUUGGUUGUAAAAACUUGAAAUCAGAGUGUUGAUGAAACUGUUUAGGCAGGAACUGCAGGUAUGUGUCAUAAAGCUAUUUUAUUGAGGAGCGAGCAAGCAAGCAUCAGAGUGAAACACUGAUGUCAGCUCAGCAUGUGGACACCAAGUUAGUCGAACAUUGACUCAUCUCACCCUGGCACUACUUGGUGUGUGGGGACUGUGUAUGGGACUGAGUGUGGGCGUAUGUGAAAUGUGUCAGUGUCAAUGUGCAUCUUAUGAUCAUGCUGUGUAUUUUGGCUUCGAUUUGAUUCUGGAGGAAUGAUACUUUUGCUGAUAAUUGUGAUGAUCAUAGCAGUUAUGAUAUUUUUUAUGCCAAUGGUGAGGUGGCAGCAAAAUUAUAAUAAAGAACUAAUUUAUAUAUUGUCUAUAUUUGGUGUGGAGAUACAUGAGCUGUCCAAACCUAUUCUCAUUUAAACAGAGUAUACAGUUACUAGUUCAGUGUUAUACAAAUAUCACAUUUAGCUCCUGAGAAGUUUAUAGAAGGUUUAAAAUGGAGCUCAAGUUAAUACUUAUGCCUCUCCAUGAUCAACAAAAGUAAAUAGAAUUAUCUGUGACAAGACUGAUCAUUUAUAUAGUUGUUUGUCACAUAUAGGACCUCUAAAGUGGGGUAUAUAGAUGUAAGAUUGGCUUGGUUUGUUUAACUGUUGUUUCUUCUUGAACUUCGCUGUCCUUGAUUUACUUCACUAGCUAGCCAAAAUUGGGCUAACUUAAUCGUCGCUAACUUUACACUUAGCUGCACCAAGCUAAUGUGGCUUAAUUCUAAGAAGACAUAUUAACAGUCUCCAUUCACCUAGUCGUAGUACAUAAAGAUGUUCACUCUUACCUUUUUCUGCUUCUUUACUUUGUCUUUCAAUGCUUGGUUCGUCUGUGGUAAAGGCACCUAAAGUUAGCGGUUAGCAUACAGCUGACAUGACAGCUGGAUACGUUGGAAUUGUUGGCUUGUUAUUGUCGUUAACGUUGACCUAAUAGUUAUCCUAGCAGCUGGGUUUAACAGCCAAACUCAUUGGAAUAACCCAGAAAAAAGAAGCAGCAGGCUAAAUCUGAAAUAGAAGUGAAUAACCCAGCAUUUAAGGGGAUACAGGACAAAAAUUAGCAGAGAUUAGAAAUAGUGCUUUGUCCACAGGGGGCUAACUCAAACUGAAGCGGUAUUGUACGGUGGCCAAGAACCGCCACUGCUGCAAAGAAAAAAAAAAGAAAGAAAGAAAUAAAAGAAACCAAAGCCCGCUGCAAAUGAAAAAAGAUACGGUGCAGAUUUUAAAAAAGAAAACAAAUAACACAACAAAAUGUAGUGACGCAAAAAAAGUGGUGAUGGAAAAAAAAAGUUACUUACUGAGAAAAUAAGAGGAAAGUAAAAUAAUUUUAAAAAAGCCACAACGGAAGUGAGCUGCCAGUGACCAGUAAUGAUGAUGCACCUGUGUUUUAUGAUUUAGGCACAGAAGAUAACGGUGACAAGAUGAGCAAAGAAGUUAGUGGAGAGGUUAUUGUUUAAUUUUACUUCGUAAACUUUUCAGUUUGUCAUUUGGUCAGGCCAUGUAGCGUCUGAGUUGAUAUGAAGUUGAUCUGGAGGAUGCCGGUGUACUGUUAGCUUACCGACUCAGGCACAACAUGGUCUAACCAAAUGACACAUUGAAAAGUUUACAAAGCAAAAUUAAACAAUAAUAUUUCAACUAAUUUCUUUGCUCAUCUUCUGUGCCUAGACUGUAAAACAGCGGUGCAUCAUCAUUAUUGAUCCCUGGCAGCUCACUACCAUUGUGGCUUUUUUAUUUGCAUCCUUUCAUUUUCGCUGUUAGUAGCUUUUUUUUUUCUUUGUUAACUUCCUUUGUGUCUUUUUUAUCUGCACUGUUUCUUUUCUUUUUUUUUUUUAUUUGCAGAAGGCUUCAGUUUCUUUUUUUUUUCAUUAGUAACUUCCGUUGUGACUUCUUUUUGUUGCAUUCUUUUUUUAUUUGCAGCUGUUGCGGUUUCUUGGCCACCGCAGUAUUGAGUGAUUUUUUUGUGUUGCAGACAGCAUGCCAACAGAGCCAAACCUACCAGGUCCGGACGGGGUGAGCAGUAACUGUGCCAUCUGUGGGGACAAAGCCACAGGGAAACACUACGGGGCCUCCAGCUGUGACGGCUGUAAAGGCUUCUUCAGGCGCUCAAUACGCAAGAGCCAUGUCUACACCUGCAGGUGCAAACACAUUUAAUGAGCAAACAGAACACCUAAAAACCAACACCAGGCUUAAACUGUGAUUAAAACUAAAGUGCAAAUAACUGUGCUUCCACACCUAUUCAAUCAUGUUUGUGUACCAUUCAGUGAUUUAUAAGUUACUUUCCAGCAUUGUCAUCAUUUCAUGGAAUGUCACCAAUUUGCGUUGUGUUUCAGUACACUUUGUCAUCAUGUUUUUUUUCUUCUGUAAAGAUACUUCUAACCCUGUAUGUGCAUUGUAUACAGGUUCAGCAGACAGUGCAUUGUGGACAAAGAUAAGAGGAACCAGUGUCGAUUCUGCCGACUCAACAAAUGCUUCAGGGCUGGCAUGAAGAAAGAAGGUAGAGAAAAAACUUUCCUCCUACACCCUGCAAAUCAGAGAGAAAGCUUGGAAUUGUUUCUCCAUUAAUAUUGCACUAUUUUCUCAAUUUUUAACUCAACUUGUGGAUAUCAAGUUAUUUAAAACCCCAAACCUCAUUCUCAGUAUUUUCCUCUUUGCUUGUGAUCAUUCUAAUGUGUCAUGUUUCCCAUCAAAAUGAAUUAAGGGCUAAAACUACAGCAGUGACACUAAAAGAAAGCUGUUGAAAAUCUGCGACCUCCUACAAGAUGGUUGAAAUUGUCUUGGCCAUAAAAUUUGUGAUUACUUAGGGAGUGAGAGAGAGUGAGUGUGUAUUUAUGAGGGGUAUAACCUUGGCACACUGCUUUAUGACACAUAAUCAUGUGUUAUUCAAACAUGUUUUUCAGGAUUGUUACUGGUUAAAGUUUGACUCGACUUGCUGAUGGCAGCCUGUAUGACUAUUUUCCUAAAUAUUAACUGCCAUAGUGUCUGCUGCUGUAGUUUCCUUUCGCUGUUAUUUUCCACAGUUGUGAUCGCCAACUUGAAUGACAGACACUCAUUUGAAACUUGGUUAAUUUAAACAACAAGUUCUGCCGUUGUUUUCUUUCAUUGCUUUUUGUGUUUCACACACAUGGUAACUUUGGCUGUCUGCUAUAUUUAAGCCGUACAGAAUGAAAGAGACAGGAUCAGCUCCCGAAGAAGCAUUCCUGACUCCCAAGACCUGCCGACCAUCACGAUUUUGGCCCAGGCAGAAUCCCUCUCCCUACAGGUAAAACAUCAAAUAAAAGUUCUUUAACAGAUGUAUGCAAGCUGAUCUUAGCAAUGAAGAAACAUGUAUUUUACGUCUCCUCUUAGAUCACUGCUCCUGUUGGAAUCCCCGACAUAUCAGAGCAGAAGUCUGCCACUGUCGGAGAUGUCUGUGAUUCAAUGAGACAGCAGUUAUUGGUGUUGGUAGAAUGGGCCAAAUACAUACCUGCCUUUGGAGAGCUGCCUCUGGAUGACCAGGUAACAAGACUGUGAUGCAUAUUGGGAUUUUUUUUUUAAAAUUUAGUGUUUAAGGAACUAUGUAGGAAACAAAACAUUAAAGCUACACUUCCUUUGUUGCAAACUGCGGGGAAAUGUUUUUGUCUGUAGGGUGUGACUUUGCUUGCUGAUCCAUAAAUAGAGCAAAAUUUAGGGUUUGGAUCAAGAAAGAGCCUCUUUUACUUUCAAUAAUCAAAUAAAUGAGUGUUCAAAGUUUUAGCUCUCAAAGCAGACAGACUGCUCUUUUUUGUUCGGACUCAAGAGGGAAACACCGCUGCAUUGUUUGUCUUGUGUGUUUGUCUCCAGGUUAGCUUGCUCAGGGCUCAUGCAGGUGAACACCUCUUGCUCGGGGUUGCCAAAAGGUCAAUGCCUUUUAAAGACUUCCUGCUUUUAGGUGAGAACUGACCACAGAAAGGCUUUCUUAUUUCUCUGUGUUGCAAUCUUUGUGCUUCAGCACUGAAUUGUGAAGACUGAUCAAAUGUUGUGUUAGCUGAGAAUGAUUAACUCGAAGUUUCUGUUGCUUUGUGACUUCAAAAGUGUCUCAUAAUUGUAAACAGCAUUACUCAUUAGGAGCAGCAACAACACACUGUAGGCUGAUCUUUUCAACUAUACACACACAAAACUUGUAUUUACAUAGGUCAAAAUGAUUACUCCCACGCUUUACUUCAUACACACCCACAUACCUUUCACUCUUGUCAGCUUUGCUCAACCACAACACUGACCGACACUUCCUGUGUCUGCAGGUAAUGGCUGCGUGAUACACAGGAACUCAGCAGAACAAGAAAUCUGUCGAGUAGCCAACAGAGUGCUGGACGAGCUGGUUCAGCCCUUUCAGGAUAUUCAGAUAGACGAGAAUGAGUAUGCUGCGCUCAAGGCCAUUGUCUUCUUUGACCCAGGUAAUAAACAAAUAACUUAAUGAUGGACAAAGAGAGAAAACUAGUUGACUGGAAAUGUGUGUUUACUUUGCUUUCCUUUCAAACUGUUUCCUUGACCUCUUCAGCAAGGAAUAAGUGUCUUCAAGUUGUGUUAAGUGAAGUACCAACUACAGAGUAGGGUCAUUUCCCCCUCAGGUCUAAUAUAUGUAUCACCCCCUAAUGGCCAUUUUUAAGAAUGCAGGUUUAAUCUACUCAUACAUAGGCUUUACUUUCCAAACAAAGACUUUAUUUUAACCUCUUUUUUCGAUCUAAGGAAGUGGUCAAAUAUUGUAGGUCUUUUUCCACACUUUACAUGAUAAUCAAGGACAAAUAUAAAUAUAAGAAUAGAGGGAAUAAAAGCAAGAAAAAAGAUUGUAUGAUAUGAAAUAAAAUGUUGGAAAACAAUUUUCUGAAUUAUAAAGAUUGAAAGACAAGAAUUUAUUAUUUUUUAUGUCAUAUCUGUUGCCAGUCUGCCAAAAUCCCACUCUUCCCACCCAAUCCCAUCCAUCUGGUUGCCUCUCCCAUAAUACUAAGAUCCAAAUCAAUCCCUUUGGCCUAGUGUGACCACCAAGCCCACCACGCCCUAUUUUACCUCUCGCUCUUCUCCGUCCCCCCUUCUAAAUCCCCUCAUUUUGCCGUCAUGCCCCAGUUUGACCAUAAUCAUUCCACUCAUAUCCUCAAUUCCAUUCCUGAUCUUUCUCCUCUUUUCCUCAUCCCUUUCUCCUUCAAUCUCCUCCUCCUCCUCUCCCUGUCAUCCAUCCCCCACCUCUGGUUUUUGCCCGAUGUGUAGAUGCAAAGUCGUUGCGGGACCCGUCCAAGAUCAAGGCCAUGCGUCUCCAGGUAGGUGAAUCAUUUGACUCCUGUAGAUUUUUGCAGUCCAGCACUUCAUUCAUAGUCUUAUUAUAGCUGCUAAUAAACAGCGGUGAUGCAUUUGAAUUUAUUUAGAGGUGAGCUUUGUGAGGCAGUUUGCUUACCCUGAUGGAUUCUGGCCUUUCUGUGUGUUUCCAGGUCCAGAUGAGUCUGGAAGACUACAUUAAUGACCGCCAGUACGACUCCAGGGGUCGUUUCGGAGAGCUGUUACUCCUGCUGCCCACCCUGCAGAGCAUCACCUGGCAGAUGAUCGAACAGCUCCAGUUCAUUAAGCUCUGUGGGCUGGCCAAGAUAGACAACCUGCUGCAUGAGAUGCUGCUGGGAGGUGAGACUGAACCCGUGUCUGUGCUUGUAAACCUGCAGGAGAUAAAAUAAGUUGACCUAUAGCAAAACCACCAUGUGUUUGGGUGAUGCUGCUCAGUGUUAAAUGUGCUAGAAGCAGUGUAGAAAGAAAAAGUACACAUUCAGCAAAGUUUCCUGGAAAAUACAUCAAAUACGAAGUUAGGGAUUUUGCAGGAGGAUUGUAAAACUUGGUAUAAACAACACACGAGCCAAAAUAGACAAUGUUCUACAUAAGAUGUCGCUUGGUGACAUCUGCAAACAAACCUUAAUGUGUUUGAAAAAAAGAGAAAACCUUUAGUUAAAGGUAGAGUGCAUCAAACAUAUUCUAAGCAGGGCCAUGACAGACAGCACAAGCACAGAAUGAGGCGUGGAAAUAAAGCACCGAGUCAUCUCCAAAAGCAUCUUCCAUUUUUCGCCAUAUAAGCUAAAAACAACCCAAGACUAUGACAACCCAACUUAGAAGAGCGCGUACAGAAAGCUCUGUGUGUGUUUGCGUCUUCUUGCAUCCUGAGAAAUAAAAACACAUAACAAAAAGCUUGCUAUUUCAACAUUGUUGAGAUAUUAUAUUUAGCAACUUGAGUGUGUGAAUGCUGAAAAACAGCUUUGCAGAUAUACACAGAUACUUGUAUGCUUAAAGCUAAACAAACAACUAGGAGAACAGCUUCAAAGAUGAUUUUCUACAUCUUAAAGAAACCAAAGUUAAUUCAUUAUCAAACUAACUGUCUGUGAUGCAUUCAGGCCUGACGUCAGACCCCACACACCUGCACCACUCGGCGCACACCCAGCUGGCCCAGGACCCUCUGACUGGACACACACUGGUCAUCAGCACCAUGCCUGUCACCCACACUCCACUCAUCGGUAAGAGUGCCGUCUUAAUGCGCACAAAAUCACAAGAAAUGUCAUUAAUCCAGAUAGUCGCAAACACUUUGGCUCAUGCACACAUGAGAAGUAGAUGCACAGUUUCCAUUAACUCGGAGAAUACUUACAGAAAGGCAUUCUGAAUGUAAAAAACCCAUAACAAUAUAACCUUUACAGGAACUGAUGUGUAUAGCUGCAUCGCAUGCUUUAAUUUAAAAUAAAAAAUGCAUUUGGCAGUAUUACACUCUCUAAUGACCACAGCAGAUUUACAGGAACUCGGCCCAUAAACAAGAGUUAUAGAUGCUACAUCAUAGAGACGAAAGUGGAUGCAUUUUACAGAAAAUAUAUGUCCCAUUUGCCUUUUUCACAAUUUUCCUUAAAUGAAACGUCUCUCUUAUUCUGCUUUUCGUCUUACAGCCUCUCCAGACACUCCCAUACCAUCGCCUCCUCAGGGUCCUGCCCCAGAGAAGUACAAACCUUUUCCCCAGCCUCUCUGUCCUCCAGCCAGCCCCCCACCCUCCACACAGACAGACCCCUGAAAUCCCCUCGCUCUCCACCAAAGAAGCUGACAGAAGGAUCAGUUUCCAUGACUCUGUUCAGUGUCUGUGGUUAGUCUUUACCCCGGUUGCUGCAAUAACUGAGGCGUAAUUAAAGCUGCUGCGUGCAGCACUUUCGAACUUCAAUAUGUCACUUUUUAAAUUCAGUGAGCUAAUGAAACACCACACUUCACUUCGACAGAACGUUCUGUGCAUUUUUUAUGUUUUUGCGGUCUUUAAAGCUCCUCGCUGUUCUCCAACUUAACUUUUUGGUUGUUAAAACACUUAAAUGACAGUCAGGCAUAAACUUGGAAAGACAAGUUUAACAGUAAGAUAAGAUAUUGAUUUGCCCAAUAGGUACUGCAAUCCAUCUGCAUUAUCUGGAAUUAAUAUUUCAUUGCCUUUAGAGAGCUAGAUUGUUCAUUUAUUAACAAUCUAUCACAAAGGAACAUUAAACAGAGAGUCCUGAUAUUGUGUAAAUGUAUAAAAUUAUAUUCAGUAAUAGAUUAAAACACAUUCAUGGCUUAUUUUUAAUAAACUGCAGCUUGACAUCAAAUUGAAAAUAUACUUUAUAGAGAGUUAUGCACAAUAGAAUCCUGAGGGAGUGAUUCCCUGUUGGGAUUACAUUUCUACUUUACUGACAGAUUAGUGAAUGUUUGCUGAAUUGCUUUUACUAAGUCUUUAAUGUGUAAACUUCCAAAAUGAUGCUCAGAUAUUUGAGAUGUAGCAGCCAAAACACAAGAUAAAUGUGUGAAAGCCCAGAGUCAUUCAAAUCACAAUGUCAUUUAUGAAUAGUUUGUACAGAGCUCAUGUAAAAUGCAAUAAGGAAUGUGGAAUUGUUGUAUAUUUUAAUAACUUCCUGUAUAUAGCAAAAUGAUGAAAGGAAAUACCUGGAUUUUUAUAUAGUCAUGCUUUACUACAUUUUGAAUCAGCUGUGUGACAGUUUUUGUUUUGUUUUUAUACUUUGCAAAAGUGUAAAUCCAUCAAAUUUAUGAUUAUAUAAUUAAAAUAUUACAUUGAAUAACUUUUUUAGUGUUUUUCUCAUGAAUAGAUCUGGAUUGUAUCAUAAAAAAAUGCCAAAAAUUGACAGAAUCUCAGUCACAGGAAAGCAUUUUACAAUAGCAUCCUCCUGUGGUGAAGAAAGGAACUACCAGAAUAAAUGUUCUUGUACAAAGAG